AUGGCUGUUUUGACACAGGCCGAAGUUGAUUGCCUGAUCGCCGAACUCGACCCGCACGUGGGCACCGAGGAGGACAGGGAAGCAAUCGGUCGGAUAGCAUUGGCCAAAUACCUUACCGAAAUACCACAGUUUGGCGAAAAUUAUUGCCCAGACGGAGUUACAGACAACAAUGUUGUUCUGCAAUCAGACGUCGCUAUAAAUGUCGCGCGGAAAACUAUCGGACAUUUUGUAAAACUAAUUAAUGUCGCAUCUGACAGUGAGAAGCUCGCCGAAUUUCAGAUGAAGUAUGCCAAAAGAAAAGCUAGGAAGCUUAUGGCAAAGGAACUAUUUGUGACUGGUGAACCAGUCGUCAUUGAGUUCUACAGAUCACUUUUUAAGAACCCGGAGAACCAAGCUGCAAUUGAGAGGCUAAUGAAGCACACAUUUCAAGUAAUUCGAAGCAAUUUUGAAGAAAAUUGA